GGAGGUGCUGCCUGGUGCUGGGGUGUGUGUGAAGAAGAGGGUGAAAUUCUGAAGCUUGGAACUUGUAUUGUAAGUAUUAACGCUGUAUGCCUUAGGGAGCUCUGUCUUUAUGUGUCCUGUGGAGCAGGGACAUCUUUACUGUAUGUCUUUAACGGCACCUAGCAAAUAAAUAACACAACAGUAGAGGGGACACGGACACAAGUGUGGAACCUCCCUGCCGACGGGAGGGAUGUUGCUAAUGCACAAGGCAAGAGUGUAAAUUGUGUGUGUGCACUGCCACCCAGUCACCCUGUGGUUUCCUUGGGGGAUCUUUCACUGGCGCCUCAUUCUGCAGCUGUGUUUGAACGGAGAGAGAAAGAGCUGGGAUUCGGACUGUCAAGCAUUUACCCAAUCGAAAGGUGGUUGGGAAGAAAUUUACAUUUGGCAACAAGUCUCGGCGCCUUACUGGAAAAGCGCAGAAGAAGUAGCAGCGCUUUGUAACUCAGCCAACACUGAAAAGGAAACAACGCCUCAGGGACAGCACCAGGAGACAAAGCUUACCAGAAGCUAAAGAAAUGGAGAAUGGGACGGAUCCCGUCUGCAUUGCAAAUGAGCCUCCGUUCUCUCACAAAAUUAUCGGAAGCCUUGAUCUAACAGGUAUAUUUCUCUUUGCCAUCUUGACUCUAAUGACACUAAUAGCCAACCUGGUGUUUGUAGAGGAAGUGUUCUAUAUCUACAAGAAAACCCCCUCCUCUAAAAGGACGAUUUUUAUUUGGAUAAAUGCAGCAGCUCCGGUGAUAGCUACUACAUCAUGCACUGGGAUGUGGAUUCCUCGCUCAACAAUGUUUACAGAUUUCACUGCAGCAGUUUUUUUUGCCAUUGUGAUCCACAAGUUCUUGCUGAUGAUGAUUGAAGAGUGUGGAGGUCAAAAGUUAUUUCUCAGGAGAUUUGAAAAUGAUCGUUUCAAGAUCAGCACAGGUCCCUGCUGUUGCUGUUGCCUUUGCCUCCCUUAUGUACACAUCACUAGACGAACCCUGUUUCUGCUGAAGUUGGGGACCUUUCAGCUUGCUUUCCUUCGACCUGUGCUAAUGUUUCUGUCAAUAGUGCUUUGGACCAAUGGAAACUACAGCCCUUUUGAUUUAACCCCUAAUGGAGCUGCAAUAUGGAUUAACUGCUCUGUUGGUGUCCUUACAAUCAUUGCUCUGUGGCCAAUUGGAAUCAUGUUUCAACAAGUUCGAGUUCUUCUUAACUGUAAGAAGAUCAUCCCUAAGUUUGCACUUUAUGAGUUUGUCCUCAUUCUGAGCCAACUCCAGGGAGCCAUCAUCAAUAUCCUGGCUCUGCAAGGAAUUAUUCCCUGUGCACCACCUCUGGCUUCUUUCGCAAGAGGAGCGUAUAUGAAUCAACAGCUUCUCAUAAUGGAAAUGUUUCUGAUAACACUGAUCUCAAGGGUGGUGUAUAGGAAAAGAUAUGAUGAUCUGGAACUUCCAGGGUGCACUGACCAGGAAACUAGCGACAACAAACAGAACACCAAGAUCAAUCUAAAUGGCAAAGUUAUUGAAGAUGGAACCCACAAUGUUUAGAAGAUGGAUGGAUGUGCUGUCUUGUGAGAGCUGGGACAAUACUUGUAGCCCAACUCAGCUUGUCCAUGGCAAGAUCCUGACUAAUGUAUAUGCUUUACUUGAGGAGACAUCCAUUGCAACUUUUAUAUCCUUAUACUGCAAACAGCAGAUAUUCAAACAGGGAACAGCUUCUGGUAUAAAUUCAUGUGACCUGGACAGAAAGGUCCAAAAAGUGGGAGGAUAAACUUCCUUAUUUUCAGAGAGAUAUACACAGAGUGAGAGAUUUCAGUGUCCAUAUAAUUUCAUGCAGUUGUCAGACAGUUUGGGUCCCAUCAGCUUGUUUGAACCCUGCAGUGUAAAUGUGAAGUGAUAUAAUAUUGUAUUGCACACAUUACAGUGUUUAUACAAUGCAGCAACACUGGAGACUCACUCUCUUUUUUGUUCUUUCCUCAUUUCAUGUAGCCACCUCUGUGUUUGGAGCUCGCUCCCUGGUCCAACACCUCAGGUGCCCACCCUCUCUUUAUUCAAAUCCCUCUUCAAAACUCUCACUCUUCUCACCAAGCCCGAAACAGCUAACAUACCUCAGUAAAUAUAUCCUCUCAAACCCCACCACAUCCUGCAUGCAAUAUCCACC